UAAAGAGUGUAAACAACUAAGUUAAAACGUUCUUUUAGAAAAUAGGAACAUGUAAAAAGAUAUAUCAUGGAAAGUAGCUCUACGCCAGUGUUUGUCAUUGUUCGAAACAUACCGCUAAGUUAUCGUUCCGCAGACUUAAGACGAUUCUUCUCAGACGCUGUCGAAAAUGAAAGUUUUUCUUGUUUUCACUUCAAACAUAGACCUGAACAUCGCCCACAAAAGCAACAAAAGAAAGAUGUGAAUACAGUUUCGAUGAAGGAAACUUCAACAUUCGUUUGCAUUGCUUCACUAAGAACUUGUGCCCAGCGUCAUAACUUUGUAACAAAAUAUAACAAGAAAUAUUGGGAUGACAAAGAAGGGAAUAUGCUCACAGAAAAAUGUAUAAUCAACUUGAUAUCAAAGAAGAACAUUUCAAACUUAACUCAAUAUUUAACCAGCAGUGAAAAAAGGCGGCUUGGUAUCACUGAUACAAAAGAUCUAAGUGUUGACGAUUUAUUCAAGUUGUCUGAGUUACAACCCCCUAGUAAUGUAAUGCCUCAUGGAAAUGUAGGAACGCCAGUCAAAGUUUUUCUAAACUUAGUCAGGGAUUGUAAACUUCCACCAAACAUCAUAAAGAAAUUGAAACUUGAGUUCCCUUCUACAGCAAGCAAUAAACUUUAUGGAAAUGUUGGUUAUAAAUAUCAAUCAUCUUUAUCAUGUGAGAAACCUACAAACACUGAAAAUAAUGAGACAGAAAGAGAUGAUGAUGCAGAUUCAGAUGAUGGGGAAGAGUGGGAGAGACACGAGGCUUUCCAUGAUGAUGUUACUUCACAGGAAAGAUGCAAAGAGCGUUUAUUUGAAGAAGAUAUUGAAUUGAAAUGGGAGAAGGGUGGGAGUGGUCUUGUGUUUUAUACAGAUGCUCAGUAUUGGAAAGAGGAUGAAGGAGAUUUUGAUGAGGAGACGGCUGAUGAUUGGGAUGUUGAUGUGAGUGAAUAUUAUCAUGGAGAUGGAGAUCGGGAUGCAAAGCAGAUCCAACUUAUGAGGAAAGAGAAGAGUAAACUUUAUGGAAAUGUUGGUUAUAAAUAUCAAUCAUCUUUAUCAUGUGAGAAACCUACAAACACUGAAAAUAAUGAGACAGAAAGAGAUGAUGAUGCAGAUUCAGAUGAUGGGGAAGAGUGGGAGAGACACGAGGCUUUCCAUGAUGAUGUUACUUCACAGGAAAGAUGCAAAGAGCGUUUAUUUGAAGAAGAUAUUGAAUUGAAAUGGGAGAAGGGUGGAAGUGGUCUUGUGUUUUAUACAGAUGCUCAGUAUUGGAAAGAGGAUGUAGGAGAUUUUGAUGAGGAGACGGCUGAUGAUUGGGAUGUUGAUGUGAGUGAAUAUUAUCAUGGAGAUGGAGAUCGGGAUGCAAAGCAGAUCCAACUUAUGAGGAAAGAGAAGAGGUUAAGAGAAGGCGCAGCAUUGAAAAGCGGGUUAAAACUUUCCAAAACAAAAGUUAAAAAGAUGGGCAAGUUCGAAGAACACACGCGUGGAUUCGGUCGUCAUAUAAUGGAGGGGUUGGGAUGGAACGAUGAUGUUGGGUUGGGUCGUGGGGGUAGACGAGACCCUGUUGAAGCAAAUGGUCAAGUUUCAAGAGAUGGCUUAGGGUUUAAAGAGCCGUAUAGACCCGCACAUAGAUCUGGUGAACCCUUAGCUAGUUCCUCCCAUUUUUUCCCGCAGUUUCGUAGCAAUAUUUCGAGGAUUUCAAAAAACAGACGUUUUUCGGGUAGAAAUCGAAAACAGGCAGUGCCUGGUACAGACGGUAUUGUUAUAACUACGAUAUAUGACGAACCACUAGAUGUUGACCUUGAGCCGGGCCUUUUGCGCUCUGCUCAUUCGGGCGCGAUGAAAAGACGACGCUGCUUGAGCCCAACCAUUGUCCCUGAACCAACACCAGCAACUACCUCGUCCAGUAUUUCAAAACUUGUCAACCCACCCACCAGGUACACUGAAGAAUUAAACGAACCACCUCAGGAUAUUAAAAGGACUAAACAAACACAAUCACUCAGUUCACCGAUGAACAACAUUAAUCUUAUUAAAUUUGUGAAGUCUUCCGACAGAUAACGACCUGGGUUAUUUAUUUAUAAACGUUUACUCUGCUAACUUAAUUGUUGGACGUUCACAUAAAACAUCUUUUUGAUAAGUUGCUUCCAGAGCGAAAAAAAAUAAUAAAAGUACAUCAAAAAAAUGUGCUCAAAAAGUUAUCACUGCGAAAAAUCCAAGUCUAGUGUACAAAUUUGUUUAUAAUGUCGGACUAAUGAAUUCAGGCAACGCACAUUUUUUUAUUGUUGUAACGCCUAAAUUACCUCACAAGUCACAGUUCUCUUUCUGGCAUCUUACUGUAAACAGCUAUUUCUUCUCUCUGCAACCCUUGUUAUGUUUUAAAAUCUGUGGGAUUGUGAGUAGUUUAGCUGUAGGCCUUCAAAGCAGGGUCCCUUUGAACUACCUCAACAUGAUUUCUCAUGAUGGUUGUUGGAACACCAUUCA